AUGGCACAAAUUUACAGAAGUAGGUACUUCAGUAAGUCAGACCCCCUCAAUGCUCCACUCGGAUCUCGUCCUUCAUAUUGGAGAAGUAUCCACGAGGCUCAGAAUAUGAUAAGGCAGGGAUUACGAGCCAUAAUUGGCACCGGUGAAUCCAUAAAUAUCUGGCAACACCAGUGGCUAGGUGCAAAACCAGCUCAAGCGGUGUAUUCGACUAGGAAUAUUCCUCCAGAAUUACACCAGACUGUCUCGAGAAUCCGAGUAGUUAAAGAUCUAAUUGAGGAUUGUGGAAGAGAAUGGAAGCAGGACCUCAUUUCCAUAAUCCUACCAGAGGAAGCUGCUAGAAAGAUCCUGCAACUGAGACAAGGGGGAAGGCUAACGAGAGACAGAUACGCUUGGGACUACAGCAGAUCAGGGCAUUACUCAGUCAAGUCUGGCUACUGGGUUCUAAGCGAGAUCAUCAACAAAAGGAACGAGUGCUCAAGUAGUAGAGAAACAGUUAACCACCUUCUAUUCAAAUGCACCUUUUCAAGAUUGACAUGGGCUUUAUCUUCCUUCCCUGUAUCCCCUGAGGGAGAAUGGAACAGUCUAUUAUUCCAAGGUAAAGAAUUUUCAGCUCUAGAGCUCACUGAGAAGGCGAAGGAAGAUGAAGAUGAAUGGAGGCUUCAAAAACCACCCCAGCAACACACUGAAGCCCACCAAAGCACCAACAGCGCAACAACCUCCUGGAUUCCUCCUCCUACAGACUGGAUAAAGUGUAACAGUGAUGGGGCUUGGAGUGAGAAUGGAACAAACACUGGUCUUGGUUGGGUAGUGAGGAAUGAGAAUGGACAAGUGUUAUGGGUGGAAAUGAGGGCUAUGCCAAGAGUGAACACAGUGCUGGAAUCUGAAAUCAUAGCUCUAAGAAAUGCAGUGCUUAUGCUCUCCAGAUUCAACUAUAGGAAGUUGAUCUUUGAGUCAGAUUCUCAACAACUUGUGUCCAUAAUGAAUGAUGGAAGAGAUGUCCCGUUCCUUGGGCCAAUAAUUCAGGACAUAAGACAAGCUUUCCAGCACUUUGAAGAGGUGAAGCUGCAUUACACACCUCGUGAGAGUAAUCAAGUGGCUGACAAAGUUGCGAGAGAGACUAUCUCUUUGGAGAAUUAUGUUUCUCGCAUAUUUUCUUUAGUGCCAAUUUGGUUAAAACAAUUAGCGGAAUUAUAA